GGGGGGGGGCGGUCCCCAAGGCACCGGAUUCUGGUUCCGGUUCCGUCGUGGAGACACGUGAAGGUCGGUGAGUUGCUACGGAGUUCAUUUCAGCACGCGUGCCUCUGCUAGGAUGGAUUCCUCUUCGUCAUCUUCUGCCGCGGGUUUGGGUUCAGUGGACCCGCAAUUGCAGCAUUUCAUUGAGGUGGAGACUCAGAAGCAGCGCUUCCAGCAGCUGGUGCACCAGAUGACCGAACUUUGUUGGGAAAAAUGCAUGGACAAGCCUGGGCCAAAGUUGGACAGUCGGGCUGAGGCCUGUUUUGUGAACUGCGUUGAGCGCUUCAUUGAUACAAGCCAAUUCAUCUUGAAUCGACUGGAACAGACCCAGAAAUCCAAGCCAGUGUUCUCAGAAAGCCUUUCUGACUGAUUUCAGCCUUACCUUUUUCGAAAAAGAAGAUAGUUGAAUAAUGGUUGAAGAAAAGGCUAUGGGGGCAUUGGCUCCCACCUUUGGCACUCUUGGAGCAUCUGGUCAUCAGAGAAUGAACAAAGACCAAUUUUUUGUGUGUGUUUGAGGUUUAAGGGUCAUAUGUGUAUUUGGUGUGUUUUUUUAAAUAUUAAUCUUGUGAAAACAGUGGACAGAUUAAUGGAAAAGUUUCCUAGAUGCAUAUUAUUGUUUGUAAUACUGUGUUUUUCUCAAAGUCCCAUUAACUGCUUCCUACGAUUUGGAUACUGGAACUGCUUUCUAUAAUUUGAUAGUGGGACCACAUGAGUAAAAUCUGUCAUUUGCGUGGACUCAUUUCAGAUUUCUAGGGAUAUCGAUACACAUCUUGGUGUCACUGAGGAAGGGCAGCAGUGGGGGAAGAGUAAUUUGGUGCUUAACUGUAGGCCUCCUUAACUAGUGUUUUGACCAUCAGUGGUGGAAAAAAAUAUGGAAUGUUCAUAUAAUACAGUUCAGCUUUCUAAAUUAUCUCCCUUAUACUGUGAUUUAUUUAAAGUAUGGUCUCAAGGCAGUAUAGGCAGCUGAGUAUCUAGACGUCUUUAGUUAUCAAGGAAUCUAGCCAGUGACAUAAUUCUCAUUACUUAAGUGCCACAAGGAAGAAGUUAACUUGCCCUGUAUAUCAAGGUCUGAGAAUUUCAAAGAUGUGCCUAAAUAAGUUGUAAAGAUUUAGGCCUAUCAAAAUUUAACAGCAGCUUGAGGUAGAGUUGCAUGCCCAAUGUUAAUCAAUAUAGGUUCCAUUUACUGCAUUCUUUUGAUCACUGAAAUAAAAGCUUCUAUAAGAUUCA